AUGAUCAGGAAACCUCUCCCACCUCUCGUCGCAAACAUGGCACCCUCCACCCCUGCCAAACCAGUCGCCUGGCUUCCCGACACCAAGCUCCAGCCCACCCCGUCCAAAGAAUACGCCGUGUACCGGCACAGAGCCUCCAUCAAGAUCGAGCUCACGCGCCCCAACAACCGCAACGCCCUCACCGCCCCCAUGGUCGACGAGCUGCAGGCCCUGUACGAACGCCUCGCCCAGGACGCCUCCGUCUUCCGCAUCUACCUGACGGGCCAGGGCAAAGUGUUUUGCGCCGGCAUGGACCUAGGCGCCUCCGGCUCCGCCACCUCGGCGGACGAGAAGCAGCACACCGCCGGCCUACGCAAGUUCCAGAGCCUCCUCCGCGCCAUCGAGGGGGCGCCCCAGCCCGGCUGGGCAUUUCCCCUGCGCCAUCUCCCCGUCGUGGCCCGGGAAUGGGGAGUACCGCUCUUCCGCUCCGCCACCCUCACGGCCGCUCCUCUCCCCGCCAGUCGUCUGCAUGCCUCGGGCGCCAUUUAUGCGCUGGCUGCCGAUAAUGCGGAGUUGCAGGGCGCUCUGUGUGCCGAGCUCGAGACGACGCUGUCGGCUUGCGCCCCGGGUGCGUCGGCAGUGUGCAAGGAGCUGGCGGCGGUGGCGUGGAGGAGCCCCGGGGGCGAAGAGCAGGAUGAGACGGUGACGAGGCGGUACAUGGAGAUGAUGGCGCCGUCGAAGGAGGCCAAGUUUGGCAUUGAGCAGUUUAGGAAAGGGGUUAGGACUGUGGACUGGACUAAACUGGGAGAAGGGAAUGGCUCUAAGUUGUAG